AUGAAAACAUUGCUUAAACCUCACGAUAUAUGGAUUCUUCCUCAACAUCGAUUAAAAGUUCGAAAAACAAAUCUGAUUCCAGCGAUCUGUGUCUAUAAUGGUAUUUUUGUCCCAAUUCAUGCAGGUCAUAUUUAUAUGCUGGAAGAUGCAAAACAUUAUAUUAAUAAUCUAGGAACACAUGAAUUAUUAGCUGCAUAUGUGUCUCCUUCUCAUUCUGGAUAUGUUGCAAAGAAAUUAAAUCCAGAAGAAUUAAUUGGAACUGGACAUCGUCUAUCAAUGAUCUAUCUUGCUAUUGAAAAUCUUGAUUGGGUGAUGGUAGAUUUAUUUGAAAUCUUCCAGCCAUACGAUACUUCAUUAAGCAUUCUAAUGGAAGCUUUUCUUUCACGUGUUCACUCGCAACUUCCUGAUGGCGAACGAAUUGAUAUAUUUUGGUUACAAGGAGAAAAUGCACUGUUUCACAAUAAGUCACUGGAUAAUCCGAUUCAAUUGGGAUUUCAUACAAUAUACAUUCUAAAUCGAGGAUCGUAUGAGAAUGUAAUCAAUUCAAACAAUCAAUUGAAAUCUAUUCAAGAUUGUCAUGAAAACUGUUGCCGAGAAAUACGAGACUCAUCUUCUUUUCCAGAAAAAUUUCAUCUAAUUGAAGCAACACAUAUGAAUAUUUCUUCCAGUACUAUUCGGACCUGUGCACAAAAUUCUUCUAUAACGUGUAAACAACUCCGAUCAUGUAUCCAACUUGAUAAUAUCACGACAUACAUCAUAGAACAUCAACUGUGGAACACACGUUUAGAUACAUGGUCUACUACGAUGUCAGCUCUUCCUAUCUUCCCCAAUACAAUAACUGAUCUAACAUCUGAAAUUCUUUCAUACAUGCUUACUGCAUAUUCGAGCUCAGCAGUAAAAGUAAACUCCUUCAUGUAUGAACAGAUUGGCCUUGGAAAAGGUUGGAAUGCAUCUGUGUAUCGUCUUUAUGAUAUCCAAUAUUCGUCUGAUAGUAUGGAUUGUCUGCCAUCAUCUAUGGUGUUAAAACUAUCAACUGGCAUUUGGCUACAGCGUGUUGCUUCGAUCGAACCAGAAUUUUAUUUAAAACUUGGACCACGCAUCUCUAAUAUCGAAAUUCCUAAAUGUUACUAUGCUACUCGUCAUCCUUACUCUCCAAACGAGAGUUUACUGCUUCUUGAAGAUCUUUCUGUGAAUUAUGAUUCAUUAGGUCCACAAGAAUCACUAGAAGAUUCAACACUGUUUCUUUUAAUUGCUUCAAUCGCAUGUUUACAUGCAGAGUUUUUCAAUCAUCCACUCUUACAGCAAGAGAUGUUCUCAUGGUUGCCUCCAUUCAAUUCAACAGUUACACAUUAUCAAUAGGAAUUUUCUAAAAAUUUUCAAUUAACAAUACAAACACCUCCAUUGUAA